AUGAGAGCUUUCGGCAAGUUGGCUAUGGUAUCUGGUGCUACUUUACUUGUGAGUGGGUUAGAGUGUACGCGACACAUUGAGUUGAUGAUCCUGCAAGAUGCGUCCACUUCUUUUUAUGAGCUGGGCGAGGACAUGGCCAACAAGGUAGAGACGCUGAUUGACUCGCUGAACGAUCAGAUAGGAACUGUAGAGGCAAGUCUGGCCGUGUGGAGCGACAAACCGGUACCGUUCCGUGGUGUGGGCUACACCCGUGGUGUCCCGGAGCACCGUGAGGUAGAUCGUUGCUACUUCAACGAGGCGACGUUCGCGAUGUCCAGUGACCCGGCAAACCUGAAGCUGGGCUACGAGCGGGUGGAUAGUGCCCAGGCUGAGGGUGGCGAUUACCCUGAAAACCCGUAUGAGGCGAUGAUCUACGCCGCCUUGGACCCGAAGGUCAACUGGACGCAGACCGGUGUGGACGAGAAUGGCAACGACAUCGUGAAGAUUAUGCUUAUUGUGACUGACGACUUCCCCCAUUAUUAUGGCGAAGCGAACGACGGAAUCAACUCCUGGAACCCCGAUGGCGAGGCAUGGACCUUCUGGGGUCAGGACUUUGCGGCAUACGGGGCGCUGUAUCGAGGCAAUGACGACAACUAUAAGCAGCUGUUUGAGCUGAAGACGAAGUUGGACGCCGACGGUUCUCUCGAAGAGACGGAACAAACCGAGUUCGACCGACUCCUGGACCUCCUCGGACCAGCUGAGUGGGCAACCCUUCCCGACCAUCCUGGGACCUUCGAAGCUUCCGAAGCCUGUCACAAGUACGAGUACCCAAAGCUCUCGCAGGUUGGUGAUGUUCUCAACAAAGAGAACAUCCUCCCCAUCCUCAUUCUUUCCGGCCAGUCCAUGGUCGACAACUUCAAGUGCGCGGAUCGCGGUAUGGCCGUGCCCGACAACUCAGACUCUUGGGUCGACUGUCUUGUGCAGGUCUACGACCAGGACUUCAAGGACGCUGGUAUCCAGAAGUACCUCAUUGCUCGCUACUCGGACACCGCCGACACGCUUAUCCAGGCCAUCGUAGAUUCCCACAACAGCUCCGCCUGCAACCACCACCACUGCUGCCACGACUACCACCACGGCCGCGACUACCACCACGGCCGCGACUACCACCACCUCGGCAGCCGACGCGUCGAGUACCAACGCAUCUAG